UCCAAUUUGACACUUCGCAUAACACUGAUACAGAAAUCCUUUUCCUGACGAGACGUACGGACUUUGCCCGCGUGCUAUAUCUCGCCCUGACCUGGUUCCGGUAAUAUAAUGUUAAAAGUGUUGUCCUAACUCAGUGUCUUUAUCUUAGAUAUUGAUUAACGCGACUAGAACGGGUGAACAUGUCGUCAGCAGUAGCCGCAUCCACGACGGCGACAUCCUCGCCCACCAAAAAGGAUCUGUACGAGGCGGGUCACGGUGCCGACUUGGACGAUUUCACGAACAGUUCAAUUAUUGAGUUUCUGAAUAAGGAGCGCGAGUGCUUCAAUGGUGGUACCGGUGGUGAUGAUGCCAGUGAGAUCGAUGUCGAGAGCCUGUUCGAGGAAAUCAAUCGGUUGUCGGAUAACACGGACGAUCGCAGUGUCGAGGAAAUCCUUCGCGAGGCGGAAAUUCUUAUUAGCAAACAACAGCCCCUGUUGGGAUCGCGCUCGGUUGCAGGUGGUGAAGGUGCGGUUAAUGACCGUGGCGCAAGUGCAGGUGCAGUUGAGUGUGCAGUCAGUGCAGGUGAUGUUGAUAAAAGGGACAGUGGCGAUGCUCCGCGACCGGCUCAGGCGGGUGGGAGUCCACAGAAGGAUUUCAAGAAUGUUGUCGAGGCUGUUUGCCCGGACUCGAUAAUUUCGGAGGAAUCGACACCAAAGGAUAUGAAGAGUGACAGCGAUGAUUCACCGACGUUAGAUCUUACCGAUUCCAUUGGAAUUAUCUCUUUACAAAUCGAUGAACUGCCCUCAGCACCGGCAUUAGAUGCAUCCACCAAGAUACCAUCGCCAAUUAUUCGUAACCAGACAUCCAGAAAGAAUAGCUUCGAACCGAUAUCAAGAUUAAUUGCUACACCGCUUCCCGCUGAAUCUACUCACAGAGGUAAGGCGCAAGCCUCAAAAGUUGAUCGGAUUCGUUCAACUCCCAUCGAAAAAAGUUUCUGCGAUCGAUCAACUAACCCUUCGCCAACUCAUUCGGUUUCCAACGCUACAACCUCGCCAAUCGAUAACUUCUCAAUAAGCCGCGAGUAUGCCUUAAAGCAUGAGAUUGAAGUGCUCCAAGAGAAACUUAAAGACACCGAGGAACGCCUGCAGAGUCUGCGUAUCCAACAUGACUCGUUAUCUCAUUUGCAUCGAGAUCUACGGGAAAGCCACACGCGGCUCCAAGAAGAGUCGGAGCUCUUGAAACUAGAUGUCCAGCACUUGACUGAGUGUGCGAAUAUCUUGCGAAGUGAAUUGCAAGCGGCGCGAAAUGACCGCAACGAGGCUUUGGAUGUGCAGAAAUUGCUGCAAGCGGAACUUGAAGAAAGUCGCGCGGAUAAGAAACGUAUUCAGGAGCAAUCCGAGAAGGAUGCGAAGAUAAUACAAGAUCUUCAUCGACAAUGCAGAGAGAUGGAAAGGAUUUUGAUGAGAAAACAUCCGGAUUCUGUAUCCGCUCUUAUCGUUGCAUCUAAAAACCCCACGAAAGGAAAUGACGAUAGUUCUGCAAGCCGCCGCCUACUUGAGCAACGAAUCGCUCAGUUGGAAUCAGACGCUAAGGAACAAGACUACAAAGCCCAAAAGAUACUCGCCAACGUUCAGGCCCGCUUCAACUCAGUUCAGUCGAAAUAUGAAACGCACAUUGCCGAUUUAGAAACUCAGGUCUUAAGCUUGCAAGAAAUCAAUUCAAAGCUAAAUGAGAAAAUUGAAACUCAAAUGAAACUGUUCAAUAACCCAUGCAAAGACGACAGUGGUUUUGCCAACCAUUCGACCCAAACCGAUGAAUUGCCUGCGGAAGAACCAAUUCAUGUAAACCAGAAACGUAACACGUCCACACAAACCGACACAAGCCGACCGAAUUCCAGUACAUCCAGUAGACUUCCGUCCAAGAAGAUACAAAUGAAUAAAAUGUCCGUCUCACAUUCCGAUUCGACAAUAUCCGCUUACCACGCUGCCGCCAAAGAGGAUGCCCAUCUUCUAGCCACCAUUCGUGGAAUGCGAAUUGAUUUAGCCAUUAAAGAUAAAGCCAUGCAAAGGCUCACUAGAGAAUUGGAAGAAUGCAAAAAGACGAUUAAGAAGUUGCAAAAGGAGAAAGAUUCUAUGAAAUUCGAUAAGCCUUCAAGCGCCUCGUCCAGUUCUUCAAUUAGUCGCAAACUUUAUGAUCCAAGCCAAUUUGCCGAGCACUCAGCCGAUAGCCAAGCACUUAAAGAAGCGUUUAGCAAGAUUAAACUACUCGAAAACGAUUAUAAAGCUUUACACGAUAAAAGAUUGCAAGAUUUGAAAACGCUUCAGGCUGCUCACGAACGCGAGUUGGCAUCCUGCCAAGAAACUGUGCGAGUGCUUCAGCAACGUCUGGCCGAGCGCGAUGAGGCCUUUGCCAUACAGAAACGUCGUAAAGUUCCAAUCGAUUAUUAUGCAUUGAAAGCAAAGGUUUCAUCGCUAGAACGACGACAUUCGGAGCGUGAACAGCGGCUUCAUAUGCUCGUCGAAGCUCUAAGCAAAGGACGACUGAAUGGAGCCCUGGAAGAGAUCUUACCAGACAAUGAUCAAUAACUACCAAGUCCUAUGAUUGAAUAACGAUAAUAAUGAUAAACGCUUCCGUGUUGGGAAGCUUCCAAUAUCCGUUUUAUAUUAUGAAUCGUAAAGUAAACAAAACAAUACGCCAUACAGAUGAAUAUGUUAUCGUAGCAUUUACUCAUACUUAAAAAGAAUUAUCAAUUAGUUGAUAGAAUUUAGAGUAGUUUUUCCUAAAAUGGAAGAUUAAUGUUGAUUGAAUACUCUAGAAACCCCUUCCGUUCCACUUUACUAACUGAACAUAUAUUUUAGAAACGCUUCCAUGAAGAAAAAGAAACGUUAGCCGUCAGCAGAUCAUAUUUGUUUCAUUUAAAAUAUUAAUUAAUUUGAUUCGAAAUGUUUUUUUAUAUUUACAAAAUUGUAUUUCUUCUAAAUACAAAAAUACUCCCAACGAUUGUGAUUGAGAAUCAAUUAAAAACGUCCAUUGUGUGCUGCACAAAACUCAUUUUAAAUUUAAAAUUCAUAAGCUAUUUGCGUUGCAAUAAUUUUAAUAUUUAUAAAUGAUGAAGAAUAAGUUGUUUUCUAUUAUUUCAACUGCCAAUUGUUUUUGACAAGAUUGAUCUUUAAUACCAAAAAUUAUAAAUCUAAAUAUUUAUAUGAAAUAAUUAAACAAAAAUACUACUACAAUACAAUAUUAUGUACAUUAUUUUUGAAAUAAACAUUGUCUUUUUCAAAGUACAA